AUAGUUUUGUCUCAAAGUGAAGAUGAAGCGCUUAUACGUUGGAAUUGUAUUUCUCAUGUAUAUUUACGUGAUACGAAGCCAGGAUCUGAUAUUUCCGACUGACGAGGAAACGUCCCAUGUUAGCGGUGGUAACUCUACGACGAUAACGGAACGCAUACCCGUGUCAAUACCAGAUAGUUGCCCGGAAAACAUGCUUCUUUAUCCAGGCAAUGGCGCGAAGAAUUCAUGGGUGUGCGAUUGUAGGCCACGGUUCUUGUACUUCCCGUUAAAUGAUUCCUGCUAUGAAGCCUACAGACAGGGUCCCUGUUCAUACAAGAAUUACGUCAUACUUCUAAAAAACGAGGUACUUCCUCGUUGUGUGGAGAAUCCUUGCUCAGAAGAUAGUAUAGUUCCGUACAACGGUGUGUGUUAUCCUCUCAGAACUAUAGGUGGUCCGUGCGCACCUACAGAAGUAUUAGGCGUGAGCGAGACUACUUUCCAAUUGGAAUGUAUACCAUUGAACAUUGCGCCCUUCAUGAUAAUAAUGACUGUUCCCAAAAAAAUAUGUCCACCAGGCAGUCGCAGAAACAUGCUUGGAAUAUGCAGAAAAAUAUAAAUAUACUAAAGUCCUAAUACA